GUGAUCCUUGCUGUCUCAUGUUGUCUUUAGAGAAUGGCAAUGGUCUCUGCAAUGUCCUGGGUCCUGUAUUUGUGGAUAAGUGCUUGUGCAGUGCUCCUGUGCCAUGGAACCCUUCAGCACACCUUCCAGCAGCACCACCUGCACAGACCAGAAGGAGGGACAUGUGAAGUGAUAGCUGCACACAGAUGUUGUAAUAAGAAUCGAAUUGAGGAGCGGUCACAAACAGUAAAGUGUUCCUGUCUGCCUGGAAAAGUGGCUGGAACGACAAGAAACAGACCUUCCUGCGUCGAUGCCUCCAUAGUGAUUGGGAAAUGGUGGUGUGAGAUGGAGCCUUGUCUAGAAGGAGAAGAAUGUAAAACGCUACCUGAUAAUUCCGGUUGGAUGUGCGCUACAGGCAAUAAAAUUAAGACCACAAGAAUUCACCCAAGAACCUAAUGGAAGCAUUUGUUAUAGUAGCAAAGGAAAACCACCUCUGCAGAAAAUACAUUUUAAGAAUUUAAAACAUCUUACACAUUACAAGCCAAAUGGAUUUCUUAUUUGCACUUUGACUGGUUACCAGAAAAUCACAGUGCUUUUACUGUGUGUCAUGAAGUAUCCUAUAGUGAGAAGACCCUGCAUUUUUGGCAACACCAUGGAAAGUGGGUUUAAAAAAAGGGUUUUCUCCGUGAAAAUUUUUGGGAUUACGAAGAACGAUCAACUAUCUUCUAAUUUGGAUCUAUAGUUACUUUGUACCAUUUUAAAUAUAUGUAUAUAUAUAAUAUUUUGAAAUAUUAUAUAUUCUCUUCAAGAAAUGAACAAUACCACAGUUUGAGGCGGCUGGUAUACCUCUUUGAGUUUGGAUGUCUUGUUUUGUUUUGUUGCAUUUCUUUUUCUCUUGGCGAGGAAGACAUGUGCCCUUCUGAAAUUUCAACAUGGCACUCACGCUGGAAGGCCAGCUACAGGUGGACUCCUGGAAUCUGAGGCAUCGUAACAAUACUGAAUCGAGAGCUUCCUUCUGUUUCUACCAGAUGGCCCAAGGAAGCACAUCGUCCUGUUUUAUUGCUUUCUACCCUGUGCAAUAUUAGCAUGCAAGCUUGGCUUACAUAACCAUACUUUAUAUUCAAUUGAUCUAUAAUAACCAUCCUAACCUCUUCCAGGAAAGUAUUUUUAGAACUACUAGCUUUUCCACAGAUAAGAAAAAUAAGAAUUCUUGAGGGAGCUGCUCCACCGUGCUAUUAAGACUCUGGCAAAAUUAUGGUAGAAUACGGAUCCCUGUAUUAAUAAGUUCUGUAAAUACAAUGUCUUAAGGCUUUGUAUAGCUGUCCUAGACUGCAGAAAUGUCCUCCAAUGAAAUCCAAAGUCUGGCAUCAUUAAGUACAUAGUGCUGUAGCAACAAGUCUUAUCAUGGUACCUCUUUCUAUGUUUGAUUUGCUUUUUUCAUGAGUAUUCAAAUCUCUUCUGGUGAGAUAGGAAGACCAUUAAAGCAAUUAGGUUUCAAAAUGAUCUAUGUGACCAAAUGCUGGA